UACAGGAACAGGAUAAGUGACAUCAAACACCCCUCCUCUUUGCCCUAUGGUUCUCUUUUCUGCUGCUCUCUUCAAAAUUACAGACACUUCAAAGCCACAGUCAUACGCACAACGAUGAACCAAGCGCUGAUAAAAGCUUUCCUUCUCUGCAGCCUCAGUUGGAUCUCUGUCUCAGGUUCUGAGUCUCAGACUGUGGAGGUCCAGUCUGGUGAAGAUGUCACACUGAUGUGCUCCGGCAUGGACAAACAUGUUUCAGUCAGAUAUUGGCUUAAACUAGUCAAAGGAACCGACAUCCAAUGUGUCUCUACUAUGACCAGUCAUAACAGUGAAGUGACAUAUCAUGAUGGAUUCAGUAAUCAUACAUUCACUAUGUCGUCCAACACCUCUACUAUCUUUCUCAAAGUCCGUUCAGUGGAAUUAAACGACUCUGGAAUUUAUUACUUUGGAUUUAACAAAGAUGGACGUCCAUUUUUUACUACGAUACAUCUAAAGAUCAAAGAGUGUGAUGGAGCAGCGACUCUGGUGAGCAUGAUCCUGGGUGCUUUGACUCUUUUGCUUGUCAUGGUGGUCAUCGGUCUGGGUGCUAAAAUUAGGAAACUUCAGACAGCUGCUGAAGAAAGACAGAAUCCAGGACACACUGAGAAUGUGACCUCUGAUGAACUGAACUACGCAGCAGUGACAUUUCGAUCUAAAGCCAAAAGAAGAGAGCCGGAGCCAAAUGUCUUGUAUGCUGCUACCAGAUAGAGUGAGGAGGCGGCUGGACAUGAUCUUGUAUCAUACAUUAUUACAAUGCUUUGAGCUUUUGCAUGGCUUGAUGGUGAGAGUUAGUUGAAUUAUCAUCUGAAUAUUGCUUUUACUUACUAUUUACUUUUGCUGAAUCAACACUGUCUGUGGCUCCCUGCAUCUCUUUUGUGAUGUGUUUUUGAAAUUCCUACAUGUCAUCAUGUGAUGCUUUAGGUAGAUGUUUUUUUUAAAUGACUCGUUUUUAUGUGCUGUACUGAAGUUGGUUUUG